CCCCCGUCAUCAUUGUCACGUGGAUCACACCAACAUGGCCGCCACCAGUGCUUGUGUGGAAACUCCGCCAAGCACGGGCAUGUCUUUCAAGAAAGCCAUCGCUGUCGCGUCUCCUCUCACUUUACACAUCGUGGCGGAGUGUCCGGUGACAAAAGCGAGAGCGUGCGACUUGAAGUUGCCGCACUGCGUCGUCAGCACGCCGGUUUUCAUGCCGGUCGGCACCCAGGGGACCAUGAAGGGAAUAACCGCGGAUCAAUUGGACGCUCUCGGAUGUCAGAUUUGUCUGGGGAAUACGUACCAUCUGGGGAUGAGGCCGGGGCCUGAUUUGAUCGAAAAGGCCAAUGGUUUGCACGGAUUCAUGAACUGGAAAAAUAAUCUGUUGACGGACAGCGGAGGCUUCCAGAUGGUGUCUCUCGUUGAACUCUCCGAGGUAACGGAGGAAGGGGUCACAUUCAAGUCCCCGUACGACGGCGAAACCAUCCUCCUCAGUCCGGAAAAGUCCAUCGCCAUACAGAACAGUCUCGGUUCGGACAUCAUGAUGCAGCUGGAUGACGUGGUGAGCAGCACAGUGACGGGACCGCGCGUGGAGGAGGCCAUGCAAAGAUCCAUUCGCUGGUUGGAUCGUUGCAUCGCCGCCAACAGUAACCCGCACAAGCAGAACCUUUUCGCCAUCAUCCAGGGCGGGCUGAGCGCCAGGCUUCGCAAAACCUGUCUAGAUGAAAUGACAAAACGCAACGUUCCCGGCUUUGCCAUCGGGGGUCUAAGCGGAGGGGAAGAAAAGGAUGACUUCUGGCGGAUGGUGACGCUCAGCACUGACCACCUGCCUCGAGAAAAGCCUCGCUACCUCAUGGGCGUCGGGUACGCCGUUGACUUGGUGGUGUGCGUCGCUCUGGGUUGUGACAUGUUUGACUGCGUCUUUCCCACCCGGACGGCGAGGUUCGGCUCGGCGCUGGUGCCCUGGGGAUCCCUGCAGGUCAAACACAAGCAGUAUGCCAAAGACUUCAAGCCCAUAGACCCGGACUGCCGGUGUCCCACCUGCAAAAGACAUAGCCGGGCGUACCUGCACGCUCUAUUUAAGAGCGACACUGCAGCCAUGCAUCACAUCACCAUCCACAACAUUGCCUACCAGCUCAACCUGAUGCGUUCCGUGCGGCAGAGUAUCGUGCAAGGCCGCUUCCCGGACUUUAUACGCGCUUUCAUGCGCCGUAUGUUUCCAUCCCGUGAGCAGUACCCCAGCUGGGCUGUGGAUGCUCUGGCCUCCGUCAACAUCACCUUGGACUAACAUUUUUCUUUUUUUUUAAAUACGCAGAAGAUAGAUCACACAGAUAAACAAUGACGGACCUUUUUUUUAAACACAUGAUUGUUUUAUAUUUGUUGUUUACAUUUGCAUUAUCCUGUUCUGUGCGUGCGUGGGCGUUUGGGGGGUGGGGGGGGGCUUUAGAUCAACAGGAUGGAGCUUUUAUUAUGUGGCGCGGCAAACAACCUGCAGCCUGAGCAAAUUGUCCUCGGAGUAGACAUUAUGAUAAUAUGCCACUGGAUGGGGUUUAAAUGAGGUUUGGAAAGGGGGGGGGGGGGCAACUGUGUCUCACGCGAUGCACACAAUUUUUUGGGGGGUGCUGUCGCCAUGGUUACAUGGUGAGGCCCACCCACUUGAAAGGAGAAAUGUUUUUUUUCGUCUUGGCUGUCAUGCUUUUUGCACGGAAGAGUGUGCUGAAAGGAGGCGUGUCGCUCGUCACGGCAAGCACAAAUGUGAUGAGUGCGGGCGUUUUGCCAUCUUGUUGUACAUCGCAACAAGACGAGCCAAGUACAGUACUUGCUCAUCUUUACGGCCAGCAGGGGGCAAAAUCUAAGCACUGACCAGGAAUGUGCACGCAAGUAAUGACUAGCAAGGUGAUAAAAGACGCUCACUUAUGGAUGUCUAAUUGUGAUUUUUAAACUACAACUGUUAGCUUUGUCCUCUCAACACCACAUUUGGGAGCUUUUAACUCCUUCAGUACCAGCCAAUUCUACACCCAUGUCUGAAGAGACGUUUAAAAACGUCUUUGGGAGUGAAUGAGUUAAGCAAGGGUACAAGCAUACCGAUUUUUCAUGUCUUAACAUUGUUUUAGGGAGCUGGGAAUUGAGCUAAAAAUCAGGCCCCAUUGUCGGGAUGUGUGUGCUAACUAUUGACCCUGUUGAUUUCAUUUAUGACAACUCAGCACUUCUCUUAUGAUGGGCCGUUUUGAAAAACUGUCGUGUGCGUCGUAAAUGCGGUUAAAAGAUAUUUUAGGGCAGGUUUGGUUUUGGGGUAGCUGUUAAAUGUUAAAAAGGGCUCGUCAUACAUUUGAACAUUUAGUGAAUAUGUUUAAUUCAUUCUCAGGUGGUUUGAAUCAAUCAGCUGGACUGUCCAGGUUGAAAACUAGACGAUUGCGGCUAGUCCAGGGGUGGGCAAUUAUUUUUUGCAUAGGGCCACAUGAGAACCAGAAAAUAUUAUGGAGGGCCAGAUCAAAAGGGUGAACUAAAUUCGACAUAAUAUUAAUUGGAUUUCUUUAUUUAAAAAGCAGUAUUUUGCAUUUUUUGGCACGUUUUUCAGACUUUAAGAGUACAUUAUUCUGUCGUAUCGAACGGGAUUUGCUUGAUUUGGCGCUACUGCGGGCUUCCGUAUUGUCUCCCCCUUCCUCCCCAUGCUCUGCAACUUCAACUAACUGUGCCACCUGGCGUUGAAAUGCCUGUCAUUACAAGUCCAAAUGAAAUGAAUGCAGUUGUUGACAUUGAACCAUAAUUGUGUACCAACCUUCUGUGGGCCGGAUUUGGCCCGCGGGCCGUAGUUUGCCCACCCCAGGGCUAGUCCAUUGGCCAAACUGGAUCGCAAGGAUGUUGACUGAACGCUCCAACGGCUUUCCAUAACAAUGUUCAAAUUUGGCCCAGUAUACAUGUACCAAAUGUUGAAUAAUCUCACAGAUAGCAAAACGGUCCGCCGCGCUAGCGCCGAAUACAAAGUGAUUCAACAAACUGUAAAAUGUACAUUUUUAAAUUGCUUUUUUUUUUUAAACCACCUCCCAAAUACGCUCAUAUUCUCUCCACUCUGCGUCUAUGCGAUUAUGGUUUCUUUAAUUAAUCGCGGGAUUAUAUUUACAGUAUGCAUUUCAGCUGUUUAUUUUGGAAUAUGCCUGGCGAGAAAGAGGAAGGUGGCUGGUGGUGAGGCUUCGUUACAAAGCAGUGCAGCAUCGUGUUCCGGGGCCCCGUAAAAGUGUUUACGCACCCAAGGCUUGAACGUUAAUUGGACGUGUUGUCAUGUAUCAGUGGGGAUCUGUGUGAGGGGGUUGUGGGGGGGUUUAGAGAUGCGAACAUGCUAAUUAAAGAGCAGAGGAGAACUUUCAAGUGCACCGACAACUCAGUGGCAGGCAGCUGUGAUGGACAGUUGAAGGGAUUGCGUGGCUGCUCAUUGCCUUAUUCGGGACGCUGUUAUUUUCCUAAUGAGGCAACGGUGUUGCUUGAGGAUGAAGCUGAAUUGAUGUAAAGGACUUCAUUCGUUUUUCAAACAUUUGGUAAACCUGCACAAACGAUUCAGUAGCAGCCAAUUCUGGACCAAGUCUGAAAAGACGUUGAAAAACGUCUUUAGGAGUGAAUGAGUUAGUAAGCUCCAAUAGAAUGACUAAAGCUAAUUGUUACCGAGAGUUGGUGCUGAUGUUGCGAUUAUUUUGUUUGAGACUACAUCUUGUAUUUAUAAAACAGCCCCCGCAUGUCAUUUGUUUUUUUUUUAAUGAUUGUUUUAAUAAACAUGACAAAAGCUGA